AUGGCAUCGAACAGCACUGCAUCAGCAUCCUCCAGCGCCCGCCGACGUUCAACACGGCUCAAUCCAGAGAACCAGGACGCUGACAGGCCGGCCUCUGAUGAGGUGAUGAAUCCGCGCGCCGCUCCCCGUGGUGCGUCAGACGACCUGCGGCAGGCCGACUCGGAGGACACGGGCAAGACGCUCGAGGAGUGCAUUGCCCGGCUCACGAUUUUCAUCCGCCAGGGCCCAUACCGUGACGCUGCGGUCCGGGGUCCUUUGGCCAUUACUCAAGACGCAUACAUCGCUCCUCGCCGGUUGCCCACUGUGAUCACGGUCUCGCCUCGUCUUAUGAUCAUAGGCAUCGCUGCGGUCUUCGUGUCGCUGCUGGCGUCUUUUCCCGGCCCUCGCCAUUACGUUGCAUCGUAUGCGUCCUGGGCUGUCAGCCCAGUCACUAUGCUACUCCUCGACCAAGAUCCUCUCAGGAUGUCGAUGAUGCGGACCACAGUGUGCACGCUCCCCGCCGUGACCAUGCUGAUUCCUACCUGCCGAGUGGUCCCAGAACCGCUAGGCAAGGUCGGCUGGGCGGAGUUUGCCGAGCUCGUCAACAUACAGGGUUCCUUGAUAGCAGGCGCGUUGGACGAGACCUCGGAGCACCUGCAGAUCGCCCUUCGACUUCACUCCGUCGUCUUAAAGCUCCACACCACGUCGCAGCUGCACUUCGGCUCCGCGGAACGCCUCAAUUUGACCGAAGGAUCGAGGACCUUGUUGACCUCCAGCGGCAACGCUACGUUGCAAGCCGUAGAACUUAGCCUGCAAAUAAAUUCGGUGACCAACAACGCUGAUUAUGCGAGCCGCUUGGCCCUUCUCAUCAUGAGCCGCGUACAGGCUACGUCGCGCGCCUUCGCUGGCGACAUGUUCUACCCGUCUGAGCGAUGGCUCGUCGCGCGGUUGUUCCAGGUCAUCAAAGACGAAACACGGUCGUCUUUCAUGCACAUCUCUUGGGAAUUGUUAGCCACGAAGAGUGCGCUCCUCCCGCUGGUAGAGGAUCUCUCUCGUCUCGAAGAACACGUGUCUAGGCUCUGUUGGCCGAAGCCCUUGGGCAGGGCGGUGUCUGUUCGCAGAAUAUUGCAUCCCAAUUCCGAGGACACCCGCUGCCGAGAUCUGACGCUCGCCCUCGAGAUGGUACGCUUCGACGCCGAGGGACUAUUCAACUCCGUGCGCGAGUUGUUUGUGCUGCUCGCUGAUAGCCAGCGCCGACUGGCCGAACUGGAAGAGUGGGUCGCGCAGCAGGAAACGUCCCUAGCUCCCGAUCUCCGAUACACUCGUGGGCACGUCGCCGAACUUGUGUACAACAGGCGUUACGUGUAUUCAGCGAAAAGGGACACUGGAGUUAUCCAGCCCCUUAGAGCCCUUGUCUUCGGUCAGUAGGCGACUACAUCUUCUCUUAGCACGCUGUUAUGCCACCCCUUGUACAAAUCUACCAGUAUGCUCUCGCCUCCGUGUUCUCUAUCACCAUGUUCUCUAUCUACUGUUCUGGCGUCUCCCCACAUGUACCUAAGCACGUAUGAUUGUUGGCUAUGACGACUAUGCUAUGCUUACUGCGUG